UGUAGCCUCCUGUGCUCCUCUUCUUAAUCAGGACACUUUGAAUUCUCGAUCGGAAGGCUCACAACAUAAUUUCCCUCGCAACACAUUUCGCCACAAAGCAUCAGACCAUUAUGUUAAAGUCACCGUUUACAAUACCAACCAGCGGUGCCCGGAUUCCAGCUUCUUCUCCUGCAAGGAUCCGAGAAGUUCUGGUAUUAAAAUUUGCCGGAAGUGCACUCUUCUUCUUCAUUGUCAACAUCUUCAACUUCAAACCAUGCCGUUGUUGCCGACUCCUGCCAGAAUCCACGAGGAAGAAGAGCCUCUUCUUGCUCCAAACCCCGACCGCUUCUGCAUGUUUCCGAUCCGCUAUCCGCAGAUCUGGGAGAUGUACAAGAAAGCAGAGGCUUCCUUCUGGACUGCGGAAGAGGUCGACCUCUCACAAGACCUGCGUCACUGGGAUCACACACUUACCUCCGACGAGCGCCACUUCGUCACCCACGUCCUCGCCUUCUUUGCCGCUUCAGAUGGUAUCGUCCUUGAGAACCUAGCCGGCCGAUUCAUGCGCGAAGUUCAACUCCCGGAGGCUCGCGCAUUCUACGGCUUUCAGAUCGCCAUUGAAAACAUUCACUCCGAAAUGUAUAGUCUUCUCCUCGAGACUUACAUCAAAGACUCAAAGGAAAAAUCCCUCCUUUUUCGUGCCAUCGAGACCAUCCCCUGCGUCGCUCGCAAGGCUCAGUGGGCGCUGCGCUGGAUUGACGCCUCUGAUACAUUUGCUGAGCGGAUUCUCGCUUUCGCUUGCGUUGAAGGUAUUUUCUUCUCUGGCAGCUUCUGCGCCAUCUUCUGGCUCAAGAAGCGCGGUUUGAUGCCCGGUCUCACAUUCUCCAACGAGCUGAUAUCUCGUGAUGAGGGUCUCCAUUGCGACUUUGCCUGCCUUUUAUAUAGUCUUCUGAUCAACAAGAUUUCAGAGGAGAGGGUUCGAGAGAUUGUUGCGGAUGCUGUGGAUAUUGAGAGGGAGUUUGUUUGCGAUGCACUUCCAUGCGCUCUUGUGGGAAUGAACGCCGAUCUAAUGAGCCGCUAUAUUGAGUUUGUCGCUGAUCGGCUUCUAGGAGCUCUGGGUUAUGGCAAGUUGUAUGGUGUAUCAAAUCCAUUUGACUGGAUGGAGCUCAUAUCACUUCAGGGUAAGACGAAUUUCUUUGAGAAGAGGGUCGGGGAAUAUCAGAAGGCGUCGGUGAUGUCGAGCUUGAAUGGUAAUGGCGGAAGCCAUGAGUUUAAGUUAGAUGAAGAUUUCUAAGCCUGACCGAAGGCCUUCCUAUGUAUCAAUUUGUUUACUUUUUCUUGUCCUGGUAACGUUUGGUUGAUGCUUAUGUUAGUUUUACUGCUGCUUAUAACAUCUCCCGCUUCCAUAUCUAGUAGUGCCUAUAAGGUGUUUGAUGAAAUGCAUAAAUUAUAAUACCUGAUUAAAGAUUGGA